GACAGAGAGAGACAGAGCAUGAACGGGGGAGGGGCAGAGAGAGAGGGAGACACAGAAUCGGAAACAGGCUCCAGGCUCCGAGCCAUCAGCCCAGAGCCUGACGCGGGGCUCGAACUCACAGACCGCGAGAUCGUGACCUGGCUGAAGUCGGACGCUUAACCGACUGCGCCACCCAGGCGCCCCUGUACUUAAGAGUGUCUUAUGGUUUGCCUCCUUCUCUGUUUUUAUCUUAUUUUUCCUUCCCUUCCCCUGUGUUUUAUCUGUUGUGUUUCUUAAAUUCCACAUAUGAGUGAAAUCAUGAGAUUUUGUCUCUCUCUGCCCAACUUAUUUCACUUAGCAAAUGUAUUCUAGUUCCAACCAUACUGUCACAACAUCUUUUGUUUUAAAGUCUAUUUUGUCUAUUGUCUGUAUAGCUGCUUCAGCUCUCUUGUAGUUACUCAUGGUAUAUCUUUUUCCAUCCUUUUACUUUUUUCCCCAUUUAAAAAAUUGUGAUAAAAUUAAACAUAAAAUUUACCAUCUUAACCAUUUUUAAGAUGCACUUCACUGGCAUUAAAUACAGUUCUAAUGUGCAGCUAUCACCACCAUCCAUCCCCAUAAUUCUUUUGCUCUUGUAAAACUGAAACUCUGUACUCAUUGAACAGUAACCCUGCCAUUGUCUCCUUCCCCCCCAGACUCUACCAACUACCCAUCUACUUUCUGUCUAUAAUAUUGACUACUCUGAGCACCUCAGAAAAAUGGAAUCAUAAAGUAUUUGUCUUUUUGUGACUGACUUAUUUCUCUUAGCAUAAUAUUUUCAAGGUUUAUCAUAUUGUAGCAUAUUACUGACUUUCUUUUCUUUUACUUUUUAAGGCUGAAUGAUAUUCCAUUGUAUGUAUAUGGACAUUUAGGUCCCUUCCAUGUUUUAGCUAUUGUGAAUAGUACUGUUAUAAACAUAGAUGUACAAAUACCUCUUGAAGAUCUUGUUUUCAUUUCUUUUGAGUAUAUACCCAGAAGUUGACUUGCUGGAUCAUAUGGGAAUUCUAGUUUUAAUUUUUUUGAGGAGCUACCAUACUGUUUUCCACAGUAGUUGUACCAUUGUACACUCCCAUCAGUAGUGCAUAAGGGUUCCAGUUUCUCCAUAUCUUUGCCAAUACUUGUUAUUUUCUGUUUUUGUGUUUUGUUUUGUUUUUUGCCUUUUUUUUUCUUUUUGAUAGUAGCUAUCCUAAUGGGUGUGAGGUUGUAUCUGAUUGAAUUUUGAUUUGCGUUUUCUUCAUGAUUAGUGAUGCUGAGCAUCUUUUCAUGUGUUUAUUGGCUGUUUUUAUAUCUUUGGGAAAAUGUCUAUUCAAAUUCUUUGCCCAUUUUUUGAAUCAGGUUGUUUGGGUUUUUUUGUUGAGUUUUAGGUGUUCUCUAUAUUCUGGAUAGUAAUCCCUUAUUACACACUUGAUCUGCAAAUAUUUUCUCCUAUUAUGUGGGUUGCCUUUUUACUCUAUUAAUAGUGUUUUUUGAUACACAAAAUUUUUCAAUUUUCAUAGUCAUCUUGUCUAGUUUUUCUUUUGUUGCCUGUUCCUUUGAUGUCCUAUCCAAGGAAUCAUUGCCAAAGACAGUGUUAUGAAACUCGUGUCCUAAGAGUUUUAUUGUCUUAGGUCUUACAUUAAGCUCUUUGAUCUAUUUUGAGUUUUUGGUAUAUGGGGUUAAGGGUCCAACUUUGUUCUUUUGCAUGUGGAUACCCAGUUUUCCCAGUACAAUUUGUUGAAGAGCCUAAAUGUCCCAUCAACUGACGAAUGGAUAAAGAAGACGUGGUUUAUAUACACAAUGGAAUACUACUUGGCAAUGAGAAAGAAUGAAAUCUGGCCAUUUGCAGCAACGUGAAUGGAACUGGAGGGAAACCUCCAUUUUAGAGGAAUACAAUAUCAAUUGGACUCAGAAGCUGGGAGCUGGAAUUAGUGGUCCAGUUAGAGUCUGUGUGAAGAAAUCUACUCAAGAACGGUUUGCACUGAAAAUUCUUUUUGAUCGUCCAAAAGCUAGAAAUGAGGUACGUCUGCACAUGAUGUGUGCCACACACCCAAAUAUAGUUCAAAUUAUUGAAGUGUUUGCUAACAGUGUACAGUUUCCUCAUGAGUCCAGCCCCAGGGCUCGACUCUUAAUUGUAAUGGAGAUGAUGGAAGGGGGAGAGCUAUUUCACAGAAUCAGCCAGCACCGGCACUUUACAGAGAAGCAAGCCAGCCAAGUAACAAAGCAGAUAGCUUUGGCUCUACAGCACUGUCACCUGUUAAACAUUGCUCACAGAGACCUCAAGCCUGAAAAUCUGCUCUUCAAGGAUAACUCUUUGGAUGCCCCAGUGAAGUUGUGUGACUUUGGGUUUGCCAAAAUUGACCAAGGUGACUUGAUGACACCCCAAUUCACCCCUUAUUAUGUAGCACCUCAGGUACUGGAGGCGCAGAGAAGGCAUCAGAAGGAGAAAUCUGGCAUCAUACCUACCUCACCAACACCCUACACUUACAACAAGAGCUGUGACCUGUGGUCCCUAGGGGUGAUUAUCUACGUGAUGUUAUGUGGAUACCCUCCUUUUUACUCCAAACACCACAGCCGGACUAUCCCAAAGGAUAUGCGGAGAAAGAUCAUGACGGGCAGUUUUGAGUUCCCAGAAGAAGAGUGGAGCCAGAUCUCGGAGAUGGCCAAAGAUGUUGUGAGGAAGCUCUUAAAGGUCAAACCGGAGGAAAGACUCACCAUCGAGGGCGUGUUGGACCACCCAUGGCUCAACUCGACAGAGGCCUUGGAUAAUGUGCUACCCUCUGCUCAACUGAUGAUGGAUAAGGCGGUGGUUGCAGGAAUCCAGCAGGCUCAUGCAGAACAGUUGGCCAACAUGAGAAUCCAGGAUCUGAAAGUCAGCCUCAAACCCCUGCACUCUGUGAACAACCCCAUUCUGAGAAAAAGGAAAUUACUCGGCACCAAGCCAAAGGACGGUGUUUAUAUCCACGACCGUGAAAAUGGAGCCGAGGAUUCAAAUGUUGCCUUGGAAAAGCUCCGAGAUGUGAUUGCUCAGUGUAUUCUCCCCCAGGCUGGUAAAGGAGAGAAUGAAGAUGAAAAGCUGAAUGAAGUAAUGCAGGAGGCUUGGAAGUAUAACCGGGAAUGCAAACUCCUAAGAGAUACUCUGCAAAGCUUCAGUUGGAAUGGUCGUGGAUUCACAGAUAAAGUGGAUCGACUAAAACUGGCAGAAAUUGUGAAGCAAGUGAUAGAAGAACAAACCAUGUCCCAUGAAUCCCAAUAAUGACGGCUUCAGACUUUUUUUUUAACAAUUUGAAAAAUUAUUCUUUAAUGUAUAAAGUAAUUUUUAUGUAAAUUAAUAAAUCAUAAUUUCAUUUCCACAUUACUUAAAGACGCUGUAUAGAUUUAAAUACAGAACUUACUCAUAGUAUAGUUCAUUUGUUUGUAAGAAAAGCUCAGUUCCUAGAGAUAUACUAUUACUCUAGGACUGUUUUCUCAUAUGUUUGUAAGAUGAUAGAUGGUAUUGUCAACAAGAUUGUUUUAUUUGUAAUAAAGUAUACAAAAACCA